AUGUCAGACAGCGGGGAGGCUGUUACUAUUAUUGGUUCUGGCACUCUCCUGCCUCUCAAUCUGCCAAGCCCUGGACUUUUUCACUUCGACAAUUUCGAAGAGAUUAUGGAAGAUUCUCGGAAACGCAACGAAAGAACCGAUAUCCUCAAUGAACACGUCCAUCCACCAACCAACCUUCGACUUGAUAGAAGUGAACAGCGCGAAGCAGCUGUCUCUCCAAGGGUAGAGCAGUACCACAACAACCUCCAAGGUCAUGAUAAAAUAACCCCCUGCACUAUAGAUGCCCCUAAAACGGCUCAUUCCUUAUCCAAACGUUCUCGAGGCCAGUCGAGUACUCCGAAAAAGGUUACAUUAAUCAAAAGCCCGAACAACGGCGAGAAGGUAGUGGCUGUUGGUUCAGAGCCACUCAUGUACGAGAACGUAUUGCUGGGUAAACAACUUCCGAUUCUUCCCAAUGCCCCCGACACCCAAAUUCAACACAGAGAAUCCAUAUGGGAGAGGAUAAAGCAGUUUGUAAGGAAAGUGACCGGUAUUGGAGAUUUAGGAGCACGGAUACUGACCUAG